CUUCUGACCUGAUUGUGGUAACCACUGUUUCCUGCAACUUCACAAUGUCUUACAAUCCAAAAACUCUGGCACUGUCGAAUCUCUUGGGCGAAAGAAUCCAAGGCUCCUCUGGAGGUUCCAUCGCAGCAAUCGCUGCCAACGAUUCUCGUCAAUUUGUCGGCAAAGCCGAGAAUGUCCACUUUCAUGGGGAUGCAACCCAGUUCCUUGACGAUAUACACUUACCAUGUGUGAAGAGUGCGCGGUUCAACUCACUCGCUGAUAGCGACGAACCUUCCUACUGCCUCGAAAACACGCGCGUCCAGAUCCUCCGUGACAUUGACGAGUGGGCUAAUGCCCGAGAAAGUCCCUGCAUAUUUUGGAUGAGUGGCUUGGCUGGGACAGGAAAGUCAACAAUAGCCCGGACCGUGGCUCGCAGAUACGAUGACAAAGGUCGACUCGGAGCGAGUUUCUUUUUUUCCGCUCUCCAUUCUGACACCAAGUGCGCGACGAGCUUUGUGACUACAAUCGCACGACAGUUGGCGAACGCUGAUGCUUCUCUGUGUGAUGAGAUCAACCAAGUGGUUCGUCAAAGAAGGGACAUAUCCAGCUAUGCUCUUGACGAUCAGUGGCGUCAUCUUAUUUUAGAUCCUUUGGCUCGCGCUAAACUAGAGCCAGGUCGGUCUCCUUACAUCUUGGUCGUUGAUGCCUUGGAAAAUUGCGAGACAACGACAGGAAUUGCAACAAUAGUCCGCCUUCUUGCCCAAGUGCAAACACUUGGGUCAGGGGUGUUGCGCGUAUUCCUCACAAGCAGACCUGAUGCAUGGAUUGGGGCCAGAUUUGACGACAUACCAGAAAGCAAAAAGCGGUGCUUUAAGCUUCACAGUAUAGACUACAGGAUUGUCGGUCGCGAUGUAAAUACGUUCCUCGCCCAUAACUUUCGGAGAAUCGCGAAGGACAGUUACCAGAAUACGGACUGGCCUGGAGCCGACACAAUUGAUCUUUUGACGCAGAAGGCCGGUGGUUUGUUCAUCUGGGCUGCGUCUGCAUGCAAAUUUGUCGGAUCGGACAGUCGGUUCUCGCGCCAGCGCCUGACUCGAUUGCUCAACGGGAGUAUUUCUGUUGACGAUCCAAGAUCAGAGUUGGACAAUAUUUACAUCACUGCCCUUCGGGGUACUGUCUCUGAAAGACAGGCGACCGAAGAAAAGGUUUUUAUCUACAAUACCGUCCGCCUUAUCUUGGGGACCAUGGCCGUUCUUGUCUCUCCGUUGCCAGUUAUUGAUCUAGGGGCUUUAUUCCAAUCGGUGCCCCGAUCAUUUCGCACAGGAUUUCCGGAGUGUAAGGGUAUAAGCGCCCGUGAAAUACAGCUAAAUCUCAGGCGCUUAGACGCGAUCGUCGAUCUUCCUGAACAUGACCGUCAAUCCCCUCGCCUCCACCACCCCAAUUUGGGUGAGUUCCUCUUUGAUCAAGCGAGAUGUACGGAACAAGCAUUUCUGGCGGAUAAGAGGCAGAUACACCUCACCCUGGCUGGAUGUUGUGUGGGUAUUAUGUCCCAAACGUGGGAUGUCUGUCCUCGUGACCGAGGAAUAUUCGGCCUGGGCGGCCGUAGGGUCGCUGUCACCGAUGUCAGCCAAGGACAGAUAGAGCAGUGGCUUCCAGCUAGCUUGCGGUAUGCAUGUCUCUACUGGGUGCACCAUCUACAGCAGAGCGGUGCCAAAAUCGACCAAAACGACGCUUUUGAUUGUUUUCUCCAGAGACAUCUCUUACAUUGGCUUGAGGGCCUUAGUUGGAUGAAGAAAAUCCCCGAUGGGGUCCGCGCAAUUGCAUCCUUGGAGUCCAUGACUUUGAGUAAAAGUGUCGGCGCAAAUAUCCGUGAUGCAAAGCGGCUUACGCUGUCUAGCCAACCUGCAAUAGAAACAUAUCCGCUGCAAAUAUAUGCAAGUGCACUGUCAGACUCUCCUUUGGAAACGAAGCAUUGCAUCAGAAGUCAUUGAUGCAAAAUGCGAGGGGACGUGAUAUCGGAUCACACACUAUUGUAUGGCCUUCGAUUUCUCUAAAUAUAUCGUCCAUCCCUAUAUAUAACAUUCUUAUCUUCAUGAUGAGCACAUACGACCACAGGGUGAGGAGAACAGGGCUUCCCGUCCGCUCAGCCGUACUUAAGCCUCACGC